CUGAUCUGAAUAGAAAUUCUGUUAAAGAGCAGAGAAAGAGAGAGAGAGAGAGAUCUCAGGCUGGAGCGGACGAAAAAAAAGUGACGUCAUGACCGGAAGAGAAGGGAAAUCAUCUCAGUCGAAGAACUGCUGUCUUUGAGUCGUCUCUCUCUCUCUCUCCUCUCUCCUGAAGAAGACUUUGAACGUUGAUCGGACGCGUGGAGGGAAUUUCAAAGGGAUGCCAAUUUCUGGCCAGUGGCUGGUGUAGUGUGCGCGAAGCUACAUGUCUUCUUCCCAGGGUCCUUACUGAAGCUUGCAUAAAAGAAUUUUUUUUAUAUCUGAAGUGUCAUCAAUAUUUACCAUUCUUUCAUGACUGAAGGACAAUGUUAUGCAGAACAAAUAUGACUGUUUAUCUAAAUCUUGUGAAUUAUGGUGAAAGGUUUCUUCUGUGUGAGAUUAUUAGCAACACUUGUAUAAUUCACUGUCUGCAAUGAAUACAAUAUCGUUUUGCAUUGUAAGUAGAGCAAGAGACAUACAUAUCAUCGUGUGAGAAGAAAAGUUAUUGUUUAAUGAGUUAAACAAGAGAUGGCGAAAAAAUUAGCAAAAUCUUCAUAUGAAUGUGAUAUCUGUAAAAAGUCGUUUGCUUCAAAAUAUUAUCUAACUAUUCAUAUACGUCUUCAUACAGGGGAGAAACCAUAUCACUGUAGUAUCUGUGGUAAAUCUUUCUAUCGAAAUAGUGACUUAACAAUUCAUGUUCGUGUUCAUACAGGAGAGAAACCAUAUCAGUGUGAUAUCUGUGGCAGAUCCUUCACUCGUAAUGAUGUUUUAACUAUACACAAACGUAUUCACACAGGAGAGAAACCUUACCAGUGUGAUAUGUGUAGUAAGUCAUUUCCCAAUAGUACUAACCUGACCGAUCACAAACGCAUUCAUACUGGAGAAAAACCAUUUAAGUGCGAUUUCUGUAGUAAAUCAUUCAAUCAAAGCAAUCAGCUAAUUAAACACAAGCGUAUUCAUACAGGAGAAAAGCCAUAUCACUGUAAUAUCUGUGACAAAUCAUUCUCUCGAAAUGAUGAGUUAACUGCUCACAAAUAUGUUCAUACAGGAGAAAAACCUUAUCAAUGUGAUAUCUGUGGUAGAUCAUUCCUUCAAAAUAGUGCCUUGACUGGACAUAAACGUACUCACACUGGAGAAAAACCAUUUCAUUGUGAUAUCUGUGGUAAAUCAUUUUCUCGAAGUACUAACUUAGCUGGACACAAACGCAUUCAUACUCAAGAAAAACGAUUUAAUUGUGAUAUCUGUGGUAAAGCAUUCUUACACAAUAUUUCCUUAACUGGUCACAAACGUAUUCACACCGGAGAAAAACCAUAUCAUUGUGAUAUCUGUAAUAAAGCGUUUAUUCGUAGUAACGAUUUAAGAAGACAUAAAAAUAUUCAUACUGGUGAAAAACCAUAUCAUUGUGAUGUCUGUGGUAAAUCAUUCUCUCAAAGUAAGACCUUGACUGAUCACAAACGUAUUCAUACUGGAGAAAAACUAUAUCAUUGUGAUAUCUGUGGUAAAGCAUUGUCCACAAAUCAUUCAUUGACUGAUCACAAACGUAUUCAUACUGGAGAAAAACCAUAUCAUUGUGAUAUCUGUGGUAAAUCGUUUACUAUACGUAAUUCCUUGGUAAGCCAUCUACGCAUUCAUACAGGAGAAAAACCAUAUCAUUGUGAUAUCUGUGGUAAAGCAUUCUCUCAACAUACUGCUGUAACUGUUCACAAACGUGUUCAUACUAGAGAAAAGCCAUAUCAUUGUGAUAUCUGUGGUAAAUCUUUUUCCCAAAGUGCUACUGUAACUGUUCACAAACGUAUUCAUACAGGAGAAAAGCCAUAUCCAUGAUAUAUCUGUGGAAAAUCAUUCUCCUACAUUAAGCUAUUAGCUAAGCACAAAUGUUUUCACAUGGGGAAAAAUCAUAUUACUGUAAUAUCUGUGGUAAAUCUUUCUCUCCAUCUGAUAAUUUGGCUAUUCACGUCUGUAAGUUUACAUGAGAGAAAGAACUUCGUUCUGAGAGGUGGGAGACUAAAAAAAUCUCUUAACUCUUUGCAUUGAUAAACAAUUGUGACCCUAAAUAAUAAUAAAAAGAAACAAAUAAAAUACAGUAUUUCAUCAUACUA